AAAUAUUUUAAUUAUAUUCUGUUGUGUACGUUCUGUGUAACAUUAUCAUCCUGCUGUGUGGACCUAUAACGUGCUGUGAUAUAUCUGUUAUUGGUCACACAUUAGCCAUGUCUACACUACACAUUGAUUGUAUCAGUUGCGGUUAGGAAACAGCUACUAAUGCCCUGAUGGUACAUCAUUAUGCCACGUUACAGCGUGAGCUGUACCAUCCACGAGGCCGUAUUGCCUCAGUUAAAAGAUGGCAGUCCAGUUGACCCUCUGGUUGUCAUGCGCUGCUUUGGUGAGGAGCGCAUGACAUCUGUGAAGACUGGCAAGACGAGUGUAGCUUGCUGGGAUGAAUCAUUCCACUGGCCUAACUUUGAGUUAUCAUCAUCUGCUUGGAGCGUUGGCGUCUUGGAGUUUGAGUUACAGAGUGCUAAUGCCUUUUGGCGAAACACUACCCUUGGUAUGUGUGCUCUUCAACUUCGUCUAGUCUGUGCUACAAGUGAUGGUUGUUAUGUUGGCCGUUUACCUUUGACAUCUCCUAAUUCAGUUCGUGUAAUCGGUCAAUUAUUCAUAACCGUCAAUGUUUGUGACUCUUUAAGGGUCAGUGGUGGCAGUGCUCUUACCUCCAUAUCGCAACCUAGUGAAGACACUACCGAUAUUGGUUCUGGUCAGUUACCUGGUCUUUUAAGUCCACUGGUCUACAAGAGUUCUACUUUGGAGCCAUUUUCUGAGGAGUACAAAUACUACCAUUUAUAUAUCAAUGUAUACUCCUUGGAGCAUGUUGAGGUUGGCAUGUUUGGUUCAUCACCAUCUAUAACAGUGGAGUAUGGUGGUUGCCGUUUACAGUCAACAAAGCCCGUUAGGCUUCGUAGUGAGGGUUCACCAAGUUCCGACGGUCAAUCUGGUUUAAUAUCUGAUAUGAUAUCUGGUAUCAUAUCAGGUAACAAUCGGCCAGUCGGUUCUAGCAGGUCGAAUUAUGAGUUUAAUCAGUGUUUUUUGGUACCCAUAAGGACUAGUGUUGGCAAACCAGUUUUAGAGGACAAUAUCGUAGUUCGCAUAUGGAUGGGUGUCGAAUUAAGCACUACUGGAUCCGUCGCAGCCUUAUCACCCCGUUUACUUGCUGAGGGCGUUUUUUCAUUGGCCAAACUUCGAGCUCGACGUCAAGCUCCACGUUGGUUUAACUUUUACCGUGGUUGCGUUACCCCUUCUGGUGCGUUGGAUAUGUUAUCACAUGAUGCUAUGCUUCCUAAGGGCAAUGAAGUUGACCAUUACAUUGGCAGGUUACUUAUGAGUGCGAGUGUGAAACGUCUAUCUAAGCCUAGUGAUGUACUGGUCGCGCAUGUCCAAUCAUCUUAUGCGCUGGAAUCUCGGGUUUCUAAUCCAACUCGUUUAUUUGUUGAUAUAUAUUGCGUUGAAUCAAGUGGUACAUUUGGUUUCGAGGAUCCCAUUGAGGUUAUGAUAGAGAUUAGUUGUGGUCCUUAUGAAACUAGUUCCAGGUGGUUUACACCUCAUUAUCGCACUGGUAACCCCGAUAACUUUGACAGCACAUCUUUUGAGUUUUCUAGGCGUUUUAGAUCAGGUUGGAAGUUGAAUUUGAAUUCUGUUACUGGCCGCUUAUCUCCUAUUGAGUUAUCAUCAUCAUAUUCACCUGAGGAGCAGUGGUUAGUAUUCGUCAGGGUACGUUGCCGUGGUAUGGUCUCCGGCGUAUAUCAGGAGCGACUGAUUGCCUCUAGUAGCUACCCAUUUGCGCAUAUAGCUGAAUACACUGGGAAAUCCCAGGUAAUGCCUUUAUGGCUACCGGUAUCAUGUGUUGGUUCCACGUCGACCUUGAAUUCCACUGAAAAUAGCAAUUUCGACCCUUUGGAGAUAUUAGAUACCGUGGCAUCCAUGGAUCCCGGCAACAUGCUACAAAGUGUUGUUUCAAUGGACCCUACUGGUAUUUUAGGAUCUGCAGCCAGUGGUUUAGCAGUUUUGAGUACUGACAAAGAUAUGUCCUUGGACGUUUCUGGUACCAAGCCACGUGAUCGCGUUGCAAGUCGUGGUAGUAGCAUUAGCACUACUGAUGGUGUUACUACACCUACUCUUGGAGACAUGUGUGAUCCUGGUGCUACCGUCAACGUAUUGUUGACAUUACAUACCCAUAGCUUCCAUCUGGAUUUAUGUCGUUCCGUUGGUAACGACAUAAGGUCUACAUCACGUCCUCAGAUGGUUUCCAUGCUUAAGCAGGAUUACGAGCUUCGCUGUUACGUUUACUGUGCUCGUUUAAACACCGCUCCACACAGCGGUGUUGCGGUGAUGCUAUCUUGUGACGGUGCUGUUGCUCGUACUCAGGUUCAGCGCAACUUGACUUGUUUCCCUGUAUUUGGUGAGUGUUGUACAAUAUCGGUAUCUGCGCCUACUUUGACGUCCAAUAGAAUGGUUCCACCAUUGCCUAUUACAGUAUCACUAUGCUACCUCGGUCGAGGUCGUCGUCUGUUACGUAUGGAAUCUGCGGUGACUAUGUAUAACCGUUUGGUUAAAUCAAGCAAGAUUGAUACUUCAAGUGUGCCUUCACCAUGUUGGCUUACUCUCUCUGGUGGCAGUCAAUUGCUGAUAUAUACGGAGUUGGUUUUACAAUCUGAGGCUGCCAGGGUAGGUAAGUACCAGGUAUCUCCUACGGUUACCCGUUGCAACAUUGCCUUGGGACUUAUAGGCCUAAGACAGCUACUUGUUCCACGCAAUUACCCCUUGGAUUCAGUAUUUUUCAAGAUAUCAUCUCAAUCGUAUGGUGCUAAUCUAAGGAGUGAACAGGUAUAUUCACGUCACCAUCCAGUGGGCAGUGCCCGUUGGGAGCGUGGCGGAUUAUUGAACAUAGAUAUGUUUACCGUCCAGCAAUGCUCAUUCCACAUACCACUGGACCCGUUAUUCGACCCUCAUGUUGAAAUAUAUUUCUAUGCUAUGUCCAAGGGUGAACUAGGUCCUUUACUUGGUUAUCGCAGUUUCCGUUGUUACCAAGGUUAUUCCGAGGUCACAUCAAGAUCGCAUGAUUUACGCUAUUCCUUGAAUCCUCGUAAAUUAGUACACUUACUACAGUCUCUGUCACUUAAAGGCAGCGACAUGCUAUCUCUGGAUGGUAUCGAGGAUGACUACACUGUUCCCAGGAAUUUCGAAGGUGCCGCCUCUAAGUUAAACGACUAUGAACGCAGCCGCCAUUAUAAGCGAUUAAUGCGUUCAAUGGAUUUUGAGCGUGUUGGCAUGUAUGUGCCUCCCAGGUUUGUUGUUGCGUGUGAUGGUCGUGCUUCUGAGGCUUCUGCUGAUUCUAUGGACCUAUCUUGUAGCGAGGCUCUGGAUGGCGUGUUACAUGAUAUACCAUUUAUGAUAGAUGACAUAUCUCCUAGAUCCGCUGUGGGUUUCAGGUGCCAUGGCAAUCCAGUUUCUGCUAAUUCGGUAAUGAAGUAUUUUUUGACUAUUCGUCAUUCCAGGGACAACUUGGUACAUCGGUCGUAUCCGGAGUCCUUUGAGCGUGUUGCUACUAAAUCAUCGCGUAUGCAGAAAGCGCUGCGCAAGGGUUUAUCCAAAAAUCUACACAAGCUUCGGUUUUGUGUUGUAUCUGCUAACAACUUGGUGGCUGAGGUUAACAGUUCACUAUUCCUUGCUGUGGAGAUUGGCGGUUCUGAAUCUCGUGAGGCCCUAAGUACUGAUGGCGGGUCCAUAAUGCGUUUAAUCCAGCGAACUUGGGAGCAGGAUUUAUUUUUACCCGAGGAUGCAUUGAUCAACCUUCGUGUAGUCAGUUCGUUUGAGCGCCUUGACGGCACCCUUGUCGAUCGUGUGCGUGCUUCAGCACAGCUAGACCUUGAGAAUCGCUGGCACAGUUCGUCAUGGCAACGUAUGGUUCGGAAGGAUUGUGUACCUAUAGAACGCGUGGUCCUUAGGGACAGUGACAACAAUGUCCACGGCUCCCUUGAUGUAAUAGUUCAAUUGGGUCCUGUAGAGUUAUUUUCUACAUUGCGUCCAUUUAAUUUUACCAAACCCGUCCAAUCCUUGAUAGAAUUGCGUGUAGUCGUUUGGUCAACUCGGGGAGUUCACUUGCCUACUACCUCAGUUGAUGCGCGUACUAAGGACCAGCUUGAUCUUUACGUGGUUUCCACGCUUGACUGUCAGGGUUACCGUGGUGACGCACCAUUAUCGCAGCGUACUGAUACGCAUUACAAUUGUGAUUCAGGUUCAGCUCAGUUUAACUGGCGUAUGGUAUAUCCGGAGAUCCAUUCGCCUGUUGGUGCAUGUCAGCUUCAGUUAUCCGUGUAUGACUUUUGGAAGGUUGGCCCUCCAGUAUUCAUUGGCGAGGCUACAUUGGAGUUACGCCAGUAUGUUGCUGUGGUAUCGUCUACUGCAACUCGAGUUGACCUUUCUGCUGAUUUGCCUUUAGUGAACUCUGCUAGCGCCAAGCCAGUUGGCACGCUAAAGGUUAACGUCCAAGUAUUGACGCAAUCUGAAUCUACAUGCAGCCCGGUUGGUUUGGGUCGCAACUCGCCAAACUGCAAGCCAUUUCUUCCAACUCCACGUGCCGGACGUCAGUGGCAGGAUUGGUUUGCUCACACUUCACUGGGACUUGAUUUCGGGUUCCUAACUGUCUAUGUCAAUGCGGCAGUUUGCCUGUUAAUGCUGCUAUGGCUAUUUUUCAUAGCUUUCGUGUACCCGGCUCUGCUGAUGUAACCUAGAAGGGCAGCAAGUCUCCGAACUCAUCGUUA